UCCUUGUGCCGAUUCUACCUUACGGUCUCAGGCUCAACGCAUGCCGUCUGUUUCCCAUUUCUCCUCCUUCUCUGUCUUCCUCUCGCACGCAGCGCCAUUUCCUUCCUCCCUCCUCCUCUGUCGAAGCUUGGAUUUCUAGGCACGGUGCACAGGGGCGAAGCUUGGAUUUCUAGGCAUGGCGCACAGCGGCAGCGCCUCCUUGUCCGUGGUGUAGUCGGUGGCGACGGUGGGCGCCGAGGAGGCGGCGACGUUGAUGUUGAAGCCGGUGGCGGCCGUCGGGGACAAGGAUGCUGGCAUCGCUGGCCUGAACAGCAAGACGCACAUGAAGAUCCUACUGAAAUGGAUGACGGGGAGAAAUGUCGUGAAGCUGACCUGCGUGCACGUGGGCAACGCGAAGAAGUCCUCUACUCCCGGUCCACUGAAAGCAGCAGCAGCGCCGGCGCAUCACCGUCAUCCACAUCGGCCUCGCAGUGACGGUCAGUCGCCGUUAAGCCUUGGUGUGGUUCUUGAUGUUGCUUUGUAGAUCGAUGGAGGCUGCCUCCGGUCAUGGUGAUCCCAUGUUUAACCUUGAUGACGAACAUUGGAAAAAGCAUUUUGUUUUAUGGACUGGAAUAGUCUGCAAACAUCACGAUAGCAAUAUUGUUCUGCUGCUCAUCAGCUGAGGAUGCUGCCCUGUCCUGAACUCCUGAUUUUGCUUUUGAUCUACUAUGUGAUGAUUUGCUCUU